CGGCUCUCUCGCUCGCUCUCAGGGCGGACCUUCCUCCGCUACGCCCUUUCGUCGUCGCCGCCGACUUGCUCGUUCGCUCGCUAUCCAAGCAGGGUUGCUGUUGGCGGUGUCCCUGUCGAUGAAACCUGCGUGCGGCUGAGCGGAGGAUGAGUGAGCAAGGGAAGGGCUCGGCAUCCGCUUCUGCUGCGGCCCCGCUGGUGGCUGCAGCAGCUGCAGCAGGCUCGGAUACUUACAAAGGUUGGCUUUUUAAAUGGACCAACUACCUGAAAGGAUACCAGCGGCGAUGGUUCGUCCUAAGCAAUGGCCUGCUGUCAUAUUACAGGACACAGGCGGAAAUGGCGCACACAUGUCGUGGGACAAUCAAUCUGGCCACCGCUCACAUCGACACAGAGGAUGCCUGCAACAUUGUCCUGAGCAGCAGUGGCCGCACAUACCACCUGAAAGCUAGUACCGAGGUGGAGCGGCAGCGAUGGAUCACAGCCCUUGAGUUGGCUAAAGCUAAAGCCAUUCGCAUGAUGAAUGACCAGUCUGAUGACUCAGGAGACGAGGAGCCGGCAUCCCAAUCGGACCGCACUGAGAUUCAGGGAACUUUAAAGAUACUCGUCAGCAAGCUUGAUGACCUCAGCACGUGUAAUGACUUGAUUGCCAAGCACGGGGCUGCCUUGCAACGUUCUCUCAGUGAACUCGAGGGCCUGAAAGUUCCUGUGGAGGGAGGUGAGAAGAUCAAAGCAGUCAACGAGAGAGCCACCCUCUUCCGCAUCACUUCUAAUGCUAUGAUCAAUGCUUGUCGAGAUUUCCUGGACCUGGCUGAGACUCACAGUCGAAGGUGGCAGCGGGCACUGCAGUAUGAGCGAGAGCAGCGUACCCACCUGGAAGAGACCAUCGAGCAGCUAGCCAAGCAGCACAACAGUCUGGAGCGAGCGUGGAGAGCGGCACCGACGCUUUCAUCCAGCACACCCAGCGCCCCGGCCGACAAGAAGGGGAGUGAGAGGCCGCUCAAAGGAGAGGCCAGUGAUGAAGAUGAGGACACUGAAUACUUUGACGCCAUGGAAGAAUCCCCUGCAUUUAUCACAGUGACUGCCACUGACAACACACAGCACAGGCGAUCUCAGAGUAGUUUGAGUGGAGCGAGUGGAGGCAAUUCCUACGAUUGGAACCAGGACGACCAUAUGUCUCCAAGCUAUAAUGAUGUGUCAGGGAAAGAGCUGCAGCCGCGCAGACAAAGGCGGACUCGUGUCCCUGACAAGCCUAACUACUCCCUCAAUUUGUGGAGCAUCAUGAAGAACUGCAUUGGCAAGGAGCUCUCCAAAAUUCCCAUGCCUGUGAACUUCAAUGAGCCUCUGUCGAUGCUACAACGUCUCACUGAAGAUUUGGAGUAUCAUGAGCUCCUGGACAAGGCAGCACGCUGUGACUCCUCGCUGGAGCAGAUGUGUUUGGUUGCCGCCUUCUCCGUGUCUUCUUACUCCACUACGAUCCACCGGACGGCCAAACCUUUCAACCCGCUUUUGGGGGAGACCUACGAGCUUGAUCGCCUCGAGGAGUUUGGCUACCGCUCACUGUGCGAGCAGGUGAGCCAUCACCCCCCUGCGGCUGCACAUCAUGUGAUUUCCCAGCGAGGCUGGACCUUAUGGCAGGAAAUUACAAUUGCCAGCAAGUUCCGUGGAAAAUACCUCUCCAUCAUGCCUCUGGGGGCAAUUCAUCUGCAGUUCCACUCUAGCGGCAACCACUACGUGUGGAGAAAAGUCACGUCCACGGUGCACAACAUAAUUGUGGGCAAGCUGUGGAUUGACCAGUCAGGAGAUAUUGAAAUAGUGAAUCACAGGACCAAAGAGACCUGUCAACUGAAAUUCUCUCCCUACAGUUAUUUCUCCAGGGAUGUUCCUCGGAAGGUGACAGGUGUGGUGGCUGACUGUGUUGGCCAAGCUCAUUACAUCCUGUCUGGUACGUGGGACGAGAAAAUGGAGAGUGCUAAGAUCAUUCAGAGCAGCCGGGGUGGGAGUGGAACAGAAGGCAAGCAGAAGACCAUCUACCAGACCUUGCCCCCCAAACUUUUGUGGAAGAAGUAUUCUCUCCCAGAGAAUGCUGAGAACAUGUACUACUUCUCAGCGCUGGCGCUGACCCUGAACGAGCCAGAAGAUGGAGUUGGUGUGACCGACAGCCGUCUGAGGCCAGACCAGAGGCUGAUGGAAGAUGGGCGAUGGGAUGAAGCCAAUUCAGAGAAACAAAGGUUAGAAGAGAAACAAAGAGCCGUGAGGAGGAGGAGAGAAGCGGAGGCCUCUGAUGCUCUCGAUGAAGGUCGAGAAUACGAAGGUUACCAGCCGUUGUGGUUUCAGCAGAGGAGGGACUCGGUCACUGGAGAGACAAACUUUGUGUACAAAGGGGGCUACUGGGAGGCCAAGGAUAGACAGGACUGGACCAUGUGUCCCAAUAUAUUCUAACGCAGCACGCUCCCCCCCACCGCGCAUCAGAACCUCAGGAGACACGGAGCUGCUCGGCCUCGCCUCUUCCGGCAGUGUGGUGUAGCAGACUCACGAUAGCUCCACGUGGAGCUGUGUGAGCAGAAGGUGGUGAAUGUGACACACACACUCUUUGUACCUCCCAAUAUACACCCUCACUGCUCUUCAGAUGGAAAGUAUGAUUGGGAUGUUCCUGAUCCCAGAGCGUGGAUGUGGACUUGUUACACCACACUAAAAGCACCCGUUGAGGUGCUUUAACAUGGCACUUUUAAUCAUUCACCCGUACAGGAUUAGAUUGAGUCUGUAGAUGACACCUUGCAACAAGAGAUUUAAAAAAAAAAACACUGUCUCUCCCCAAGUCAGUUACAUUAAGCAUCGUUUGUCAAACUCAAAUGAGUUCUCGAUUACUCACUUUCUGAUUUGAGUUCUAAUUAGCGCUAAUCUAAUUCACUUGCAUAAGAAAUUGUUGGAGUGAUUGUUUUAGGGGUUUUUUUGUAGUCUCUCAACAGGCUACAACAGGUUUUAAUCAAAUUUAAAAUUGAGAUUUUUGUAUUUGAGUUAAACUCAUAAGUAUUGUAUCAUAUAUUGAAACCAUGUCAUGAAGCUUAUUUUCACAGUAAAUGUGCUUUAUUAUUACUUCCAAUGAUUAUUUUUUUCAGUGCCACAAUAGAAGAUAGUGAGUUUGCUUUAGUUGUAACAAAUGAAUUGCCAAUUUGGCAUGAUGACAUCCUGACCAUGACCUUACUGAAAAAUGAACAACACUAGCUCUUGGGGGGGGGGGGGGGAAUUAAAAAGAACAUUGUAAUCGCUGUGAAAAUAAACAGAUGGUUUGACAAUGCUGGAUACGAAAGUGGCAGACAUUGUACAUCUUCUCUACUAGGUUAUGUGUUGAGUUGCAAAUACAGCGAUCCCAGCGGAAUGCUGCAUUUCAUAUCCUGUGCAUACAACUUCUACUUCAUUAAAUCAUCUCUUUCGAGACUACACUAUGAACCUGACCUCACAGGUUUUUAAUAAAAAAGUCAACCGACAUGAUUUUCUAGUCCCUUCAGCAAUCCUAUUUGUUCCCAAUGAAUAUUCUAUGUUUAUCGUAGCAAGUUGUCGCCACUUUGCCCCUGAGUGACGUAGGUGGUGUUCAAAUGCAUCACAAAGAUUGUUCAUGAGGACUCGCCGUUGUUUGGCGUACACCUCUGCAUAUGCACACAGAACUUGCGAAAGCACUUCCGCAUUCUUGCUGGAAAAAAUGUCCAGUUUGAAUGUAACAUGGCUUUCCUUAGAAAUUCUCUGAUUGUGAGUGAAUUGCAAGAAUGCUUCAAAGCAGUUCAUGCUUCAGAAAGGGUUGUAAGAGCCCGUCCCACUUGGUACAUUGAAGAUUCCAUUGAAAUGCAUCCAUUUUGGGCAUCUUAUACCUGACUUGGCACUCGUCACUGUGCAUGAAAUGAGACUAGAACGUAUCGUUGUGUUCCUGCUGAUACGAAAUGUACUUUCUCUCGUUUUGGUGCUCUUCCAUGGCAUCACAUCCAGUGACAGCGUCCACCGUUCAGUACUAACGCAAUGUCGAUCCAAUGUCUCCUCAGUGUCGUCUUUUUAUACUGUAGUUGAUUUCAUCGGCGCUGGGUGAGCCUGGAGCCUCUGUUGGCAGCAGGUUAAAGGUCGUAGAAAAGAUCAGGGCUGGUUCCUUCCGAGCAGAAACCGCAGAGGCCUUUGCUCCACGCUCACCGCAGUUCCAAUGUCUUGUCCGCAGUGUUUGUAUACUGAUCUGGGAUCAGCUUUUAAAGUACCCCCAGUCUUUUGCCUGUGAUUGACUGACCUGUGCACUACACAUCCAGUGACAAGCUUUAGGGAAAAAAAAGGCAGUAUUUUUUGUACCGGUAAUUAUUGGUAGGAAUACGGAUUUCAAAGCUAGAGGUACUGUCAUGUUCCCUUUGGUCUAUUUUGUGUGUGAAUAUUUUGUGAUAAGAAAAUUAUAAUGUAAAAUAGUCCUAUGAGAAUGAAGUUAGCUGGAUAGCAGGUUUGAAAUGCAGUCAUAAAUUGGCAUUUUGAACUGCAACAUAUUCCAUAUAAUGAUUGAAGAAAACCCGGAGACACACUCAUUAGCUUAAGUAGCCUAGUUCAUGUAAAUAGCUCCAAAAUCACAGAAAAGAGGCCUUAUUUUAUUAUAACC